AUGCACAAGGCAGGCGAACUGUUUGAUAAAAUACCUCAAAGAAAUAUAGUUUCAUGGACUGCAAUGAUAUUAGGAUAUGUAAAAAAUGGGUUUGUUGAAAAGGCCUUACAAACUUUCAAGCAAAUGCAAGUGGUUGGUGUAAAGCCAAACUCCUCGACCUUUGCCAGCAUUCUCCAAGCCUGUGUUGAAUUUGGAGUUUUGGAACUGGGUAGUCAUCCAUCAAAACGAUAUGGAGAAAAUGGAUUUUUGCAAAAACCCUUAGAAAAUUUUCUACAAAUGCAGCUAGCAGGUGUAAAGCCAAAUUCCACAACCUUUUUCAGCCUUGUCCCAGCCUAUACCAAAAUCGGAGCUUUAGAACAGCGUAUGAACCUCCAUCAAGACAUAAUUGAAAGAGGAUUUUGGGCGGAUGUUGCAGUUGGCAAUGCCAUCUCAUGGAAUGGCAUUGUUGCAAGAUAUGCACAAAAUGUGUUUUUUGAAAAGGCCUUGGAAACAUUUAAGGAAAUGUUGUACAAAACUGAUGUGAAGGGCAUAGUCAUCAAAUCGGUUGCAUCCUCUGCAAUGUUGUCAGACAAAUUCACUCCAUUCUGUUUUACAAGUAGGGGAGAGGAGCCAGAACAUGUGCACCAUUACUUCAGGGGUCCACAUGGACCCACAGACCAACUUCGUGUGAUGUCCAUGUAG